AAAAUUGUAUCUAAACAAGUUAUUGAUCGAAUAUUACUAAUAAUUACCUUAAAAAGACUUAGAAAUGUUGCUGAAAAGAAAUUUACUUGAAACUUUAACUAUAAUAUCUUGUAGUGGCACAAUCAUAUGUCUCUUAUUAAACUAUGUUACAAAUAUAUCCCCAAUUACUGGAAUUUGGCUAAUAAGCUAUCUAUUAUUAUUGUUUAUACUGUCCGUAUGUGGCAGUUUUAAAUUCAUACAAUGGUUACUUCACCUUAAUAAACCUUUAAAAUAUGAUAUAGAAAUUAUUUUAAACAAAUACCCGUUUUUGUCCUACCUUUCCGAUAUUUUACCGCAAAUUCAAAAGAAAGUUGAAAAUGAACAUAUUAAAGAAUAUGAUACCAAUGAGCUAAGUGUUAUAACGUCGGUAUUGGAAAAAAAGUUAGUUUCGUCGUGGUAUAUGUCGUAUAUUUCGCAAGAAAUUGGUUUUCCUUUUGCAUGCAAGCAAAUAUUGGAUCAAAUGAUUGCCAAAACGUUUCAGAUAUGCAAUAAAGUAGAAACUAAGGAUGUCUAUGUCGAUGUCUGUGCUAUAUUCAUAACCCAUUUAAAAGAGUAUAAGAAAGCUUUAAAAAGACAUGAAUCCAUUCCUGAUAGCUCUAUAGAAAUUCUAUACAAGAAGGUACAUCCAGUAUUUAACAGCAAGAACAAGAGACCAGUAACUGCUGACCAUUGUACCAAUGUGUUGAGAAUUAUUCUAAAAGAAUUGGUACCUUGGGAGCUAUGGGACACACCAUUCUCCGAGUUGCUCAUUAGAAUCCUUGCUAAAAAGUUAGAUAACUUAAUUGAUAACACAAUAUCUGACCCAGUGUGGUUGAAUGACAGAUUACUUUCUCUACUCAAAGCAGAAAAUAAAAUUCCCGAAGAAAAGCCAGUUAAUGAGCCUUCCAAUGAAGUUAAAGAAGCAGAAACUAUAAAACAAGAUCCUCCUGAAGCUCAAACUAAAUCUAGUCCAAAAAUUGCAAAAAAGAAUAUACCUCCAGUGAUUCAGAACAAUAUAAAUGAGGAGCAUAAAGAAGAUGACAAGCCUGAGAUUGAGAAAGCUGUGGAAGGAUGUGAGAUGUUAGAAAUCAAACCUGCAGCAAUCUUAAGACAACGUAGAGGCAGGCAGGGAAGGAAUGAAGUGAAGAUAUAUGACAGAAUUAUUGAAGGUAGUGUUAAAACUUGGGACACGGACAUGGACCUCCAGUGCAUCAGUGUUGGUCAGGAUCUGCUAGCUAGUCUAGAUGAAAUGACACUAAGUCGACUCUGGGGUCACGAGGAAGCUGAACAAAGUCCCAAGAUGCGGGAUGCAUCACCGCAACCACUGUGGUUUGGCGAAGAGGACACAAUAGAAUCUGACCCAGAAAAUAACAAGGAUUCGAAAAAGGAAACGAGUCCGAAGCCCACUGAAGCCUUGCUGAAAGACCUCCAGAGCACCGUGCACCACGCCAAGACCAAGAUAGGAGACCUGCAGGUCCCUUUAUACAUAGAUGUGCCCCGCAAACAUUCCAGUGAUGAAGCAGCGGGAAUGAUGGAGGGCUUGCUGGACAAAGGUAUCGCAGGUAUUAAGAAGGGCCUCCGAUUCACGGGUCUAAGCGAUGAUUCACAAGAGAAGUCACCAGCUCAUAAAGAUAGAAACAGUGAAAAAAUAUCACCAUCGGAACUGCAUAGAAGCAGACAGAAGCCAGAAGUCGUCAUGGAAGUGAAGGAGUCCUACAUGCCCUUUGGUAACCAGAAAGAGGAAAACGGGACAACAUCUCAUGCAUUAGUCAAACAGCAGAGGGUCACUUCACAGGAUAGUAUGCACUCGACCGCGGCGCCCCCGUCGGUCAGUUACGGCCCGUGGGGGCGGAGAGUGGAGGGCGGUGCUCCGGAGUCGCUGUCGGAGUCCCCGGAGCCGCAGUACGAGGAGGCGGCCGACCUGUCCGCCAGCAUCGCCAAGUUGCGUACGCUGCUGCAGCACGCCGGGCCCAGGGAAGAAGCGUGGUGGGAGAGCUCGGAGCAAACGCGCACGCGACAUCACGUUGACUCCGCCGCGCUCGCCGAUGAGUACGAUAUGAACUUGGACCGCGGCUCGUCUCCCGGACAGACGACCAACAAUAUGCAAAGACUAGACAAAUUAUUCCAGCGCACAGUGACGGGUGUUUUCAAUUCGAUAAAGACGGCCGUCGGUGCCGAGGGGGAGGAGCUCCCUCCCAGACAACUACACGACUGGACCUAUGUGUGCACUUCGCCCGAGUUGAGUGUCAGCGCGUGCGCGUCGCGGCUGUGGGCGGCGCGGCGCGCGCUGUGGCACGUGGACGGCGCGCUCGACCCGCUGCGCGCGCUCGGCCCGCCCGCCGCGCCCCUCGCCGCGCCGCUCGACCUCGGUACGGACACUGUACUCCACUGUACCCGCUCGACCUCGGUACGGACACUACUCCACUGUACCCGCUCGACCUCGGUACGGACACUGUACUCCACUGUACCCGCUCGACCUCGGUACGGACACUGUACUCCACUGUACCCGCUCGACCUCGGUACGGACACUACUCCACUGUACCCGCUCGACCUCGGUACGGACACUACUCCACUGUACCCGCUCGACCUCGGUACGGACACUGUACUCCACUGUACCCGCUCGACCUCGGUACGGACACUGUACUCCACUGUACCCGCUCGACCUCGGUACGGACACUGUACUCCACUGUACCCGCUCGACCUCGGUACGGACACUGUACUCCACUGUACCCGCUCGACCUCGGUACGGACACUACUCCACUGUACCCGCUCGACCUCGGUACGGACACUGUACUCCACUGUACCCGCUCGACCUCGGUACGGACACUACUCCACUGUACCCGCUCGACCUCGGUACGGACACUGUACUCCACUGUACCCGCUCGACCUCGGUACGGACACUACUCCACUGUACCCGCUCGACCUCGGUACGGACACUGUACUCCACUGUACCCGCUCGACCUCGGUACGGACACUGUACUCCACUGUACCCGCUCGACCUCGGUACGGACACUGUACUCCACUGUACCCGCUCGACCUCGGUACGGACACUGUACUCCACUGUACCCGCGCUACAUCGAGCGGGUAACCUCCAACUAUCAACACAAGAUAUAGGAGUCCUUAUACUACGAAUCAACCUCCUACGAUACCUA